AUGCAAAUCUGGACAAUGGAUCCGUACGCGUGUGGGGAUAAGCGAUUACCGCAUCACAUUUUCCCACCAAAACGUCUCACUCCAGAUCAAUUGACAACGAAAGCGGGAGUAAUGUGCUAUAAGAUUGAUAUGGAGGACACGAUGAAUCUGAAGAAGCGAUUGUCUCGAGUGAAAGCGGCAAGCAAUGUGAAUUCUUCUGAUGUGUUGGCCAUCUCCGAGGCUCUCAAUGGUCUCAGCGGAAUGUUAGAAGAACUCUACGAGCCGGUGAUUCGUGACACCGACUGGGUGGUGUUGAUCACUGACGGGAUGUGCUAUUUCGAUGUGGAACCAUUGGAAGAUGAAUGGAUUCGAUUACAAUGUGAGAAAGGAGAUUUAGUAGUGAUUCCUAAGGGGCUUACUCAUCGUUUCACCGUCACUCCACAGAACUACGUUCAAGUACAACGCUUCUUUCAUAAACGACAUGAUGCUUUCCGGGGA